AGGAACAGCUCUCACUCACCAUCAUGCAGAGGUACCUGCAGACAAAGAGGGCGGGAGGCUGAGUAGCGGCUCUUUGCUUUUCACCAGCAAAAAAAAAGAGCGAGGAAGCCGAAUUGCAAACCGCCCCCCACAAAAAAAACCGGGUUUAAAGCAGGAAGGCUGGGAAGAGGCUGUUGAGUAUUGGGAGAAAGAUCUCUUUGCGCCCCCCCCACCCCACCCGCCUGCAGCGUGCAAAUAGGCGGGGAAGCCCUGCACGUCAUCUUCGUUGGCUAUCCAGCAGGAUCCCCGGGUGGAUCUCGGCACCUGCAGCGAUCCGGAGAGAUCGGAAAGCGCCUGCGCCCUUGUUCCGCAAGUGGCCCGUUUUCUGAUCCUGGCUGGAGGGUCCUGGGUGCGUUAGAUGGAGCGUUGCUCAGAGGGGAGAACAAUUGACAUUUGGAUUGCAGUUCUUGGUUGUUUUUACCCUUUGAAUUUGGAAGAGGGAGGUAUCUGAUCUUGCCUGUGAUGUCUCUUAGGAAGAUAAAUCACAAGAGACUAUUCUAGAAUUAUUUUCGUGAUAGUUGGACUGUUAUAAACUGAAGUGGAAUGAAGGAGGAACUUCCUAAGAGGACAGUUAAGCAGUGGAACAGCUUGCCUUUGGAAGUUGUGGGUUUUUAAGGGGGUUUUAUGAGAAGACUGGACAGCCACCUGUGGGUAAUGAUAUAGGGUCUCCUGCUUGAGCAGGGGGUUCGACUAGAAGACCUCCAGGAUCCCUUCCCAGCUCUAUUCUGAUUGAUGGAUUGAAAGUCACUUUGUGGACAAGUGACUUGUCUACGUAGAAUGGAACUCCAGUGGUCUUCAGGGAGAGGAGCUGCCAAAACCUGGGAGACUGUCAUUUGGCCUGGAAGCAGAGGGGAUUUUGGGGGAAGUGGUAGUCCAAGAGGCAUCCCCAAGGGUCCCCACAGCUCCGAGGCUGAGAGCUGUGCCCAGGCAGUGACCCUGGCCGAAGGCUGCUUGGUUGGCCCUGCAACCCCCGAGGAGCUGGCAAAGGGGCAGAUACAGGAAGUGUUCAUGGAGGAAAUCUCAGCAGACUACCAGGGAAGAGGAGAUCAACCCAGUCCUUCUCGAGAGCUUUUCAGGAGGAUCUCACAAGAAGACCCACCUCAGGUCACUUCCCCAUGGCAGGGAAGAACAUUAAUGGAAACCCAUGAAAUGGUACCUGUUUGUGAUGGAGCAGAAGUAGCCUGUGUGCAUCCAACUCAGGGCUUCAUAUCCUUUGAGGAAGUGGCUGUGGACUUCACGCUGGAGGAAUGGGCGCUACUCAGUUGGAGCCAAAGAGCCUUGUGGAGGGAGGUCAUGCUAGAGAUUUCCCUGAAUCUAGCCGCUCUGGCAGGUGAUAGGCAGAGCAAUGAGAACGACAAGCAGCCAAGGUUAGUACCACUGCAAACAGCCGAGUACGAAGUGGAAGAAUUGAUGUUUGGCCAUCAAGGGGGUCCAGAAAGCCUAGAGAAAAGCAACACAGAAGAUGAAGGAGAGUGUUCUCCCACUUCUCUCCCCUUUGAAAUCCAUCACUUCCUAAUCCAGGAAACUCAAGAAGAAAACACAAAAGGAAAAUACGCCGAGUGUAGCCAAGCAGAGAAAAAUACAUUUAAUUUACAUGGAUAUUGUAGAAGCCAGGCUAAAAGGAAAGAGUAUGGUGGCAGACAACAUGGAAGAAACGUUAAUACUUUCUUCUCUCUUGGUUUACCCAAAAAACUCUACAGGAAACACAAACCGCAUACAUUUAUAAAAUUUGGGAGGGGUUUUACUCUGAGUCCUUAUGUUAACUCCCACGAAGAAUUUCCCACAGAGAUGAAGCUGUGGAAAUGCAUGAGCUGUGGAAAGAGCUUCAGCACAAACAGUAACCUCCUUCGCCAUCAAAUGAUCCACACAGGGGAAAAGCCAUAUGAAUGCCUGGAGUGCGGCAAGCGAUUCAUUGAGAACAGAGACCUUACUCGUCAUAGAAGGAUCCACACCGGGGAGAAACCGUAUAGCUGCGUAGAGUGUGGAAAGGCCUUCCGAACAAACGGUCACCUGACUCGCCAUCGAAAGGUUCACUCAGGUGAAAAACCAUACAAAUGCCCGGAUUGUGGGAAGAGCUACAUUGAAAGCAGAGAUCUUGCUUGUCAUAAAAGGAUCCACACGGGGGAGAAGCCGUAUAAAUGCAGAGAGUGUGGGAAGAGCUUUCCUCGGAAUAGUGCCCUGAUUUGCCACCAGAAAAUCCACACUGGAGAGAAACCGUAUAAAUGCAUGGAAUGUGAGAAGAGCUUCAUUAAGAAAGGGCAACUUACUUCCCAUCAGAGGAUCCACACAGGUGAAAAACCAUACAAGUGCAUGGAAUGUGGAAAGAGCUUCAGCAGAAACAAUAACCUGACAUCCCAUCAAAGGAUCCACACGAGGGAGAAACCGUACAAAUGUAAGGAGUGUGGGAAGAGUUUUAACUAUAACAGUGGCCUUUCUCGCCAUCAGAGGAAACACACGGGCGAGAAACCGUAUAAAUGCACCGAGUGCGGGAGGACCUUCAUUCAGAAAGGACAACUUAUUUCCCAUCAAAGGAUCCAUACAGGGGAGAAACCCUAUAAAUGCUUGGAGUGCGGAAAGACCCUCAGUAGCAAGAGCGCCAUUGCCUACCAUCGAAGACUCCACACUGGGGAGAAACCCUAUAAAUGCGCGGAGUGUGGAAAGACCUUUAUUCAGAAAGGGCAACUCAUUUCCCAUCAAAGAUUGCACACAGGGGAGAAGCCAUAUAAUUGCAUGGAGUGUGGAAAGAGCUUUAGUAGUAGCAGUGCCGUUACCUACCAUCAGAGAAUCCACGCUAUCCACAAAGGGGAGAGAACAUAUAAAGUCAUGGAGUGUGAAAAAAGCUUUUUUCAGGAUAGAAUGCUUACUCAUCAUGAAAGGAUCCACACAGGCGAAAGGCCAUAUAAAUGCAUAGAGUGUGGAAAGGGAUUUACUCGGAAAGGACAUCUUACUUGUCAUGAAAGGAUCCACACAGGAGAAAAACCUUAUAAAUGCAAUGAGUGUGGAAAAACCUUCAGAACAAAUGGUCAUCUGAUUCGUCAUAACAGGAUCCACACAGGGAAGAAAACAUAUACUUGCAGGGAGUGUGGAAAGCGAUUCAUUGAGAAUAGAGAUCUUAUUACCCAUCAGAGGAUCCACACAGGGGAGAAUCUAUAUAAAUGCCCUGACUGUGGAAAGAGCUUUACUCAGAAAGGACAGCUUAAUUCUCAUCAAUGGGUUCACACAGGGGAGAAACCUUAUAAAUGCUCAGUGUGUGGAAAGGGUUUCAGUACAAAUUGUAAUCUGGCUCGCCACCAAAAGAUCCACACAGGAGAAAAACCUUAUAAAUGCAAUGAGUGUGGAAAAACCUUCAGAACAAAUGGUCAUCUGAUUCGUCAUAACAGGAUCCACACAGGGAAGAAAACAUAUACUUGCAGGGAGUGUGGAAAGCGAUUCAUUGAGAAUAGAGAUCUUAUUACCCAUCAGAGGAUCCACACAGGGGAGAAUCUAUAUAAAUGCCCUGACUGUGGAAAGAGCUUUACUCAGAAAGGACAGCUUAAUUCUCAUCAAUGGGUUCACACAGGGGAGAAACCUUAUAAAUGCUCAGUGUGUGGAAAGGGUUUCAGUACAAAUUGUAAUCUGGCUCGCCACCAAAAGAUCCACACAGGGGAAAGACCAUAUAAAUGCCUGGAGUGUGGAAAGAGCUUUUUUGACAAUAAAGAUCUUACUCGGCACCAAAGGAUCCACACGGGAGAUAAACCAUAUAAAUGCCUGGAAUGUGAAAAGACCUUUGCUCAGAAAGGACAACUUAAUUCCCAUAAAAGAAUCCACACUGGUGAGAAACCAUAUAAAUGUAUGGAGUGUGGAAAGCAGUUUACUCAGAAAGGAAAUCUUACUGAUCAUGAAAGGAUCCACACAGGGGAGAAACCAUAUAAAUGUACCGAAUGUGAAAAGAACUUUGCUAAGAAAGGACAGCUUAAUUCUCAUAAAAGGAUCCACACGGGGGAGAGGCCACAUACAUGCAUGGAGUGUGGAAAGAGCUAUUUCGAUCAGAGAGACCUUACACGCCACCUAAGAACCCACACAGGGAAUAACCCAUAUAAAUGCCUAGAAUGGGAAAAGCCUUUGAUUAUCAACAGAGAUCUUACUGGCCAACAAAGUGUCCACACAAGGGAGAGACCAUAUAAAUCAAUUGAGUGUGAAAAAGACUUUAAUGACUACAGCAUCUUUACGUCUCAUAAAGAGAUCCACAUAGGAGAAAAUAGAAUGUGGAACAAACUUCAUUGAAAAUUGUGUACUUAGUUCUCAUAAAAAGAUUCAUACAGAAAAAAAAAAUCAUAUAAAUCCAUGGAAUGAGCUUCAUUUGAAACUGUCAACUUACUCAUCAUCAAAGGAGCCAGACAUGGGAGGAAACCUAUUAUUGUAUGCAAUGUGCAAAGAUCUUUGGCUUGAAUCAGAAUCUUACCUACCUUCCAAGUAUCCCCACAGGAAAAUACCUAAGUGCUCGCAUGCGGUAAGAGCUGAAGGCGGAUCAGUGGCCUUACUAGUGCCACUGAUAAUAGUGCCACUGAUAAUGAUCAUACUGGGGAGUUGUCAUCGAAAUGUACAGGAGAAUGGGCGUACCAUGGUCUCAUACUUUCUGCACAUAUUUUAUUUGUGAGACAUGGAGAACAUAUUAUCUCUUUUAAAAGCGGGUUACCUCAGUGGCGCUUGAGUUCUUGGUCUAGAAAAUGACUAGAAAAUGGUCGUGAUAAUCAGUUGUGGAAGAUGGAACAAUAGAAAAACUAUAUAGCUGAAGGAGGUGAACGGGUAUAUUUUCUCAAUCUCAAUCAGAAUAGAGCUGGAAGGGACCUUACAGGUCUUUCUUCUAGUCCAACCUCCUGCUCAAGCAGAAUAAUAAUAAUAAUAAUAAUAAUAAUAAUAAUAAUAAUAAUAAUAAUAAUAAUAAUAAUAAUAAUAAUAAUAAUAAUAAUAAUAAUAAUAAUUUAAUUUGUAUACCGCCCUUCUCCCGAAGGACUCAGGGCGGUGCACAGCCAGAAUAAAAUACAAAAAGAACAGCACAUACAAUACUAAGAACAACCCUUAAAAAAACUUAUUCAAUUGGCCAAAUUUAAAAUACAAUAACACCCUAUAAAAUUUACAAAAAUGUAAAGCCCAUAAAAGCAAAUUAAAAUUUUAAAAAUCAAGCCAUUUCAAGAUUCAAGACCCUAUUCCAUUUCAAAUAGAUGACUGUCCAGUCUUUUUUUAAAAACCUCCAGUGAUGAAGCACCUGUAACUUCUGAAAGCAAGCUGUUCCACUGGUUAAUUGGCCGUCACUAAGAAGGUUCUCCUUAAUUCCAAGUUGCUUCUCUCCAUGAUUUGUUUCCAUCUAUUGUUUCUUGCCUUGCCUUCUGAUGCUUUGGAAAAUAAAUUGACUCCCUCUUCUUUGUGGCAGCCCCUCAAAUAUUAGGAUACUGCUAGCAUGUCACCCCUAAUCCAUCUUUUCUCUAGACUGGCCAUAACCAAUUCCUGCAACCAUUCUUAAUAUAUUUUUGUCUUCCUUAAUCAUCUUAGUUGCUCUUUGCACUUCCUAUUUUAUUUUAUUUUCCCUAAGGAGGGAGGUUCAUUCAGGACUUCUGAGGGGAUCUGCCUGGGCUUGAAAUGUUAAAACAGGAAAUUGCUUAUAUUUCCCAUUUAAACAUUUCAACCCAUUCAACUGCAUGUUUUUAUAAUCCAAGUGACCUUGUCCAAACAAUGAUUCCUCCACUGAUUUUACAGUUUUCCAAAUUGUAUAAAUGAAUUUGUUCUGUGAUUUCUCAAUGGCAUCCGUCUUGGGCAAUCAACAGUCCACAAAAAGAUUAAGGAAUUCAGAAAACUGAUGGCUCCUUUGAUUUUCUUAAUUUACUUAAAAAAAAACGCUCUAUACAACUGAAAUUGCCUACAUUUAUAACAUUUAGGACGUGUUUCAAUCUGAAGAGUUGUGUUAAUUUCCAUUAAAGAUUUCAGACACAGGCAGAAACUGUAGAUUAUGUAAAUUGUAGAAAGAACUUGAUUAUAAACAGUAGUACUAUUUGCAAACAAAUGCACACAAAUGAGAAACCAUAGGAAUAUUGUUAAAUUCCAAGAGUAAUUACUGCUGAAAGACUGCACAACCAGGGGUCCUCUCAAAAUUACAACUUCUAUUCAAAGCGCAGGUGGCAGCUUUGGCUAAGAGGACCUUUGAACAGCUUAUUGUAUUGUGUUCCAUUUGUGGCCAUUCCUGAAUCAGGAGGCUCUGCUUACAGCCACUCAUGCCCAGAUGAACUAAAAUAAUGAGUUCUACACAGAGCUGCCCUUCAGCAUCCAGAAGUAUCAGCUGAUACAAGAUAUGAUGAUGUGGACAGAUAUGCGGACCCCUAUAACAGCAUAUAUUACAACUCUGCUCCGUAAGGUGCAUUAGUUGCUGGUUUGAUUCCAAAUCCAAUUUAUGAUGCUGUUUUUGACCUUUAAAGGCCUUCAGGGCAUGAAGGUGGGUUAUGUGAGGGAUCCCUUCUUCCUGAGUACAUCUGCCUAUCCUAUCAUAUCUGGCAGAAGGUGUGUGUUGCGGAUCCUCUCUAUUAAGGAGUUACAUGUGACAGAACCAAGGAGAUGGACCUUCUCUGCCCUGGCACCCAUCCUUGAUAUCUUGGAAGUCCCUCAGAACAACAUGGCUAUGGCAACAGAUUUGAGGAAUCUCAAAAAACUGUUGAACCAGCGAGGUUGCUGUAUUCCUUACAAUAUUGAAUCCUUUUUCCUAGUCUUAAUAAUAAUAUUGAUUUUUUUUUUAAAUUGUAGAUUGUUUGUUAUUGUAUCAGUGUCAUGUUUUGGGAGAUGGUCAACUAUAAUAAAUAGGAGGAAUGAAUGAAUAAAUAAUUCACACAGGAGUGAAACCUUAUAAAUACAUGGAAUGUAGAAAGAGCUUUCUUUGAAGAAUUGCUACAUUAAAGCCUCACAGCAUCUAGUUGCUGAUGUUGUUGUGUAGGAAAAGAAAAUCCAAACCAGUAAAGUCAAUUAUAGUGGGAAGUGGAAAAUUGAAUAUAGAAAAGCUUAGUGCAGUAAAAGAUGAAACAAACCAAACACUGGAAACCGCUUAUGGACUGUUUGCGUAGAUUAAAAAACAGUUUGUGAUUUAUGGUUAUGAUUAUUAGAUAGAUAUAUGGAAAGAAGAGUCAUGCUGUAACUUGGAGAUAAAGGUUACAAUAUAAUUGUACUUAAAACCUGUGAAGAACGUUUUUUAUAUAUUUUACUUUUUUCCUACUUCUAUUUUCUAAUCGCACUUGGAGCUUUUUCUGUUAUUUCUCCCCCUUUUCUGUUCUAAAUCAGUUUCUAUUGUUGUUUUAAAAACUUUUAAUAAAAAGUAUAUUACAAAAACA